AUGAAUCAUUUCAUAUUUGUUUUGUUAGUUACUACUAUAUAUUUUGGGACGAAUGAAGCUUGCAAAAAGAAUCAGGUAGUAAUUCAUAACGAACUCGCUCCUGGUAUUGUUCUCGACAUUGGAUGUCGCAAAGACAGUAUAGUGCAUCCACCUACAAGAUUUUACAGUCUAAAGUACAAGGAUCCUUUCUAUAUCAUUGAAUUCGAGGAUAACAAUCAAGUGCCUCAUGAUGAAAAAUGGUAUUGUAUGCUUAGUUACGGGACUAGACCAAAAUAUUGGUAUGAUAUUGAAGUGUAUCGUCAAGGCUAUGCUCCUCGUUGUGGUCAACUACGCUCUUGGAUUGCCAGAACGGAUGGAAUUUGGUUUACAAGAAGAUAUGACAGCCCACCAGGACAUGUUCUCGAUUGGAUGAUUCAGUAA